AUGUUCAUGCAUAUUCGCUUUGUGGAAGAAAAUGAUUUCAUCAAAUGGGAAUUACUGAAACCGAUUAAAGUCGUAAAUGUGGACGGCACACCAAAUCAGAUGGGUACCAUUACUCACUGUACCUGGAAGAUGAUGAAGAUUGGGGGAAGGAAGACACUUACUCGCUUUCUCUUGACCGGCAUUGGCAAAGAGAAUAUACUUCUCAGCAUGCCAUGGCUUAAACGCCUUAAUCCGAUGAUCAAUUGGGAAACUGGUGACUUUUGGUUUGGCAAAGACGCCAAAUGGCCACUGAAACCCACUGUCGAAGAUGUACCAGACGAAGAAGUUUCAAUUUUCAAGGAAGAUGAACCCUCAGAGUUAAUCACCACUGAAACUUUUCCUACCUUAUCUGGACAUUCAGAAUCUAUCAGAGAAAUCAUGACCGAUAACACUGAGCGUGGCGAGUUACCCACAGUGCAGAAUGGUACUGAACAAGACGACCCACCAUUAGAACCUUCUAUGGAUCAGCUUGAUGAUGACGAUCUAGUUAUCUCCUAUAUCGCGGGAGAACCAAUUAUUGGGAUAUUUGAACCCAUCAGGAAGGAAUCACCUUUAACGAAUGAAGAGACUGAAACUGCAGUCUUCACUAUACGAAGAGGCCCCACCAUUGGAAGAAUGACACACAAUACUCGAUCUCCAUUAUUCUGUAAUGCACAGAAUAUGGUUUUUUAUAAACCAUCCGAGAAAUCACAAGAAUUGGCACAACAGGCACACAAGGAAGCAUCAGCUGCAGGCAAACCCAAAACCAUCGAGGAGUUGGUCCCCAACUACCUCCACGAUUUGAAGUCAGUCUUUGAGAAGAAAGCAGCCAAACACUUCCCAAAAACUAGGCCUUGGGACCACGCCAUUGACUUGAAACCCGAUUUUAUUCCAUGCGACUGUAAAGUCUACCCGUUAUCACUCAAGGAACAAGGAGCGAUGGAUGACUUCUUGGAAGAAAAUCUGUGA